AUGGGAUGCGCUAGAGUCUUUGUUGGUACUGGUAUACGCAGAUGCAGAUGGUGCGGUGAGGAUGAAGUUGAAUUGUAUGUAGAAUGGUUGGAUUUGUUUACCGUUUGUUUUUACAAGGAGAGCGGGUUGCGUUGGGUUGGGUUAGCACCCGUACCUACUGUACACCAAGACCUCGAGUCCAACGUAAAUGAAUAUACAUACCAAGCGAAAUGUGCAAAGGAAGCGGUGUGCUACUGCCGGGCGGUGUAA